UUCACAACAACACAAUCUCUUCCUCGUUAUCCUCUGCAAAUUUAAUACAAAAAGAAAAGUUACAAUGGCUACAGGUACACCUGCAACAACCAAGAAAGGUGGAAGAGGCAAACAACCAAAAACCAAAUCUGUUUCAAGGUCAACCAAAGCCGGUCUUCAGUUUCCCGUCGGCCGUAUCGCUCGCUUCCUUAAAGCUGGUCGAUACGCUCAGCGUGUUGGUUCUGGUUCACCGGUUUACCUCUCUGCCGUUCUUGAAUACCUUUGCGCUGAGGUUUUGGAACUUGCUGGUAACGCUGCGAGGGAUAACAAGAAGACGAGGAUUGUACCGAGACACAUUCAACUUGCUGUGAGGAACGACGAGGAAUUGAGUAAAUUGAUGGGAUCUGUCACUAUUGCUAAUGGAGGUGUGUUGCCUAACAUUCAUCAGAAUUUGUUGCCUAAGAAGGUUGCUGGAAAGGGGAAAGGAGAGAUUGGAUCUGUUAGUCAAGAAUUUUAGGCACUCGGGUGUGUAGUUUUUCUUGUAACGUUAUUUAUGGUUUGGCUAUUGUUCCUAUUUGAGAUUAGUUAGGACUGGCGUUGGAGGUUGUAUAGCUCUUCAUUCUGAUUAAUAUAAUUUCAUGUUUGGGUUAUUA